UAUGACGCGCUACUUCACUGCUGCGCUGCAUAUCGUGAACAAAUUCCCAGUUGAAUUGAAACAUUGGAGUACCUGAGACAAGUAAAGCACAAAUGUUCUUGAGCCUUCGCUUCUGUACCAACCUUAAACUCCGCAAGCGGGCGUACGUUUGAUGCUGACGCUAAAAAAUCAAUGGAACAACCGCUCAUCAACUGUGCGUGUAUAAUGAAGCUCUUGGCAGUCAGUGUGUGGUUAUUUGUGUGUUUGACUGUAGCGGGUGUUAUAGGUUACGUAUACGUACUUUGGGCUCAAUACUGGCGCUGGGCUUCGCGCCGGCGCUCACCGACGGUCGUACGGCGCGUAUCAGCAUCGCCCAACGGCAGCAUCAUCGCGGCGUCGGCAGUUGGAGGCGUCGUAGAACUCGCCAAGCUUGCCCCGUUACCCAACGAUAAAGUUCGUGCUAAAGUGGACGCCUAUCGACGACAAUUGCUCGUGCAACUGCGGCGAUCCCAGAUUGAAGGUGCUCGGACGUUAGCAUUGCAACCUGAUGGCAACCGGUAUGGAGUUCCGCCGCGCCCAGCGACUCAAAGAGCACGGGAAUUCGGCUCACCGAGAACGUUGCUUUGCAAUGCUCUUAAAGUAAAACUUGGGAUGCUCGAUAGUUUUGCAGAGCCAUUCCGUUCGACGAGAUACGGACGCUAUUUUCCGAAGACUCCCUUUUGGCAGGAGAGAUACAACACCUGCGCCCUCGUGUCCAGUGCUGGAUCACUGCAUGGAGCGCGUCUGGGAGACGAGAUUGACAGUCACGAUGCUGUGCUCCGUUUCAACGAUGCCCCCACUAAAGGUCACGAGGAAGACGUGGGAAGCAAGACUACACUUCGCCUUCUCAACUCCCAAGUGGUGGCAAGACCAGAGUUUGACUUCUUCGAUUCCCCCCUCUUUCGGAACAUCACCCUCGUCGUAUGGGACCCUUGCAAGUACAGUGAACCACUCGCCGAGUGGGUCAAGCAUCCGGAGUGGGACAUGCUAACGUCCUAUUGGCUGCGACGGGAAGUGCUGCCUGAAGAACACUUCUACAUUCUCGAUCCCAAGUCCAUUUGGCUUGCAUGGGAAUGGCUACGACAAGAAAGCCCGGGACCCGUGCUUCGGCAUCCGCCUUCCAGUGGGUUUCUUGGUCUCCUGUUGCUGCUCCGUGUGUGCUCCCAGGUGGACGUGUACGAGUACAUUCCAUCUCUUCGUCUCACAAAACGCUGUCACUAUUACGAAGUGCGAGAUGACCCAGGCUGCUCGUUGGGAGACUGGCAUCCACUGGCUGCCGAGAAACUGCUCGUCUUCCAUAUGGCUCAAGACGAGCAAGCUCAGCACGACGUCUUUGUGCGAGGACGGCUCACGCUCGCGGCUAAGAGCUGCCCAGAAGCGGGUGGCUAACGCGACAUCACGCCCGGAUUAUUUAGCCCGGGGAUUUAACUGAGACACCCGGUAGAUGAGGCCCGUUAGGCGUACAUGUCCGAACGUUGUGAAGAGCAGCAUGGCGGCAGGACCACUGUCGCAAGAACUCCUGCUCACCCAACAAAAAAAGUCUGUGUUCUAAGUAGUCUGUUAUCAGUCGAGUCACGAUGGACAGCCUAGGAUGCAUCAGGAUAAUGUCCUGACCCUAAGAUAUACUGUCCGGUACCGCAAAUACUUCCUAACCUUAGCAUAAAAUUCGUGUGCUUACUCCCGACGGAUGACAAAGGACGCGCCUAGGAGGAUGCUGACACGAGCCAGCCUCAAGCUUGAAGACAUCAUCCGGUCCAGUGCCUUCCACACGUUCUGGCUUCCUUGAAUGAGGACAAAGAACCAUUUUCCUGACCGUGAAUCACAGCCCCAAGGGAAUUCUAGCGUACUUGCGUUUACACAAGCGACUUCCAUAAACGGUUUUAGAGUGAGUAAAAAGAUGACAGGCGACUUCGGAAAGAGACGGAAUUACGGGGCAGCAGCAGCGUAGCCAGAAAAAUAUUUCGGGAUAGGUUCUAUGAUAACUUUACAUGA